CAUGCUUUCAGGUAGAAUCGAACACUCGCACGGUCGCUCGGCUGCCGGAUGAUGUGCUCCUCCCCAACUCAGCCGGGGAUGCCAGGCACAUGACGGGGCUGCCAUGGAGCAACGCCAACGUGGGCCAAUGAUGCUCUCGCCUCAAAACGCCCGGACACGGCCUAUAGGCAUGGCAAGCCUGGGCCGUACUAUCUCGCGUCCGGGCGAGCUGUCACCUGAUGCCCGAGCGAGACCAGGUGCACACGCAUCUCCUGGGCCGCACUCGCUCCCCUCGUCCAUGCGGAAAGAAAGGACCCCCACAUCGGAGGGCAAGAAAGGUGCCUCUUCCAUGGGGGAGAUCGACGACAGCCUCACGGAAUUGCUCGCCAGCUUGCAUGACCGACCUGGAAGCUUCGGCCGCAACAGUGGCUCUGAUGCACCCGUGGCAGUGCUUCAGGCCGCGUUGCUCCCGAGCUCGGAGCCCCCCUCCAGAGGAGCACCAGGCACCGACCGAGGUGGCGGAGGCCCUCAUGUUCGUGCUCCCCGAGAGUCCUACCGACCACCACGCUUGCCAGGUUGUGUGAGCCCUCAGGGUGACUCUGGUCUGCCACGAGGAUCACCACUGGGCAAGUCGGAUGCUGCAGCGUUCUCGAGUCCCGCCAGUUCUCCCACGGAGCGAAAGUCACCGGGUCCUCGUUUCCUCGCUUCCAAGAAGGGGCCGCCCUCAGCUUGGGGCCAAGUGCCAAAGGGCAAGACUGCCUUCAUCAGCUUGGCCUCGGACGACAACAGCGCCUUUCGGCCAUACAUGGAAGAUGGCCAACAGGUCGUGCAACCAUUGCUGCGAACGGGCCGCGACAAAGAGGAGCUUUGGGACUUCUUCGCCGUCUACGAUGGCCAUGGCGGUCGCUCUGAGGUGGACUACGUAGAGGCUCAACUGCACACCACCCUGACUCUGGAGUUGCGCUCCCGCAAACCUCAGGAGGCUUUGGUGCAGACGUUUAAAAAGGUGGAUUCCCAGCUGGCCAUGAUGGGCGCGUGGAAUAGUGGCUGCACUGCCACGGUCGUCCUGGUGCACCAGUCGGCUCAGGGCCUCCGAACGGUGCAUGUGGCGAACGUGGGCGACUCGCGGGCCGUGCUGGUGGCGCCCACCGGCGACGCGCGACGGGUCUCUACGGACCACCGUGCCAACGACCCGGAGGAGGCGGCCCGUGUGGUGAACGAUGGCGGCUUCGUCCGCUUCGGCCGAGUGGCGGGCCAACUGUCGGUCUCGCGCUCGCUGGGGGACCAUCAUUUGAAGGAAUGUGGCGUGAGCGGUGUGCCGGAUGUUUGCAGCUUUACUGCCGAGGAAGGGCAUGCCUUGAUUGUGGCCAGUGAUGGUCUAUGGGACGCUUUCAGUGAUGACGAUGCAGGGGAGGCCCUCCUGAGCCACGUGCGCGAUGCCCAAAGGAGUGGCGGCGCCGUGGCGGACAUGUUGCGCGAGAAGAGCGCCAAGCUUUUGGUCCAGAGCGCCAAGGAGCGUGGAUCCAGAGACAACAUCCUGGUGAUGGUGGUGUUCUUUUAGCUCCCGAAGGCUGUGGCUGCUCCCGCCCAAUCGAAGGUCCCCCCAGGCCACCAACGGUUGCGACAGUGCAGCGCCGUCCUUGGCAGUGGUCUUUGCCAAUGCUGGCUGGUGCAACUGGUGCAUCGUCACAAAACACUUGACG